GAGGAGUUCGCCGAACUCGUCACGUCCCGAGGAGAACCCGUGAUACUCACUGGGAUGCCCAUGGGCAAAGCCUCAGCGCUUUGGACCCCAGACUAUCUCACAUCCUCGGGAAUCGAAACGGAUACCACGGUUGUUGUGGAUCUCGCAGGUCAUCGUAAGCCGGGGACCCGUCGUAACUUCACGUUUCGUAAGAUGACCUUUGGCGAGCUCAUUCAGCGGGUGUCAUCCAAUUGCGCUGGCAGUGCAGAGGAGGCGAACAACAAGAGUCUCUCUCCUGUCGUGUCAUUCGGUGAAAAAUACUACUUGCGGAGCGUGGCGCACAAAGCUCCAGCGGAUCUUUCAUGUAUGUUCCCCUCUCUUGCCGCAGAUCUUCGCCCGGGUAUGGUCUUACCGGGUGGCACCGGCGAGUGCAGUCACACAUUAUGGCCUCGCGAUGCAUACCACAGCAGUGUGCUUCGCAUAGCAUCCCCGGGGACCGCGCUCUGGACUCAUUACGACACUCACGACAAUCUUCUGGCCCAGGUGAGAGGGAGGAAAACGGUUACAUUAUGGGCUCCAGACGCGGAACCAUUCUUGUACGUCGAGGGUUCGAGCUCGCGAGUUGAUGACAUUGUUGUGCCAGACUUGACGCGUUUCCCCUUGUUUAGUGAGGUCUCUGACAAACGUUGGGUAGCCUCGCUCGGUCCUGGGGAAGCCCUUUAUAUCCCUGCUCUGUGGUUUCAUCACGUUUUGUCACAUCCCAAAUGUCCGGAAUUCGGCGACAUGUCCAUCGCAGUCAACGUGUUUUGGCGUUGUUUGCCUGAACAGGAGCACGACGCUGGUGACUUGUAUGGAAACAAAGAUCCCCCAGCAGCUCGGCAAGCAUCAGAGUUGGCAGCUCGAGCUGGGGCGGCAAUUUCGCAAUUACCUGAGCCACACAAGUCGUUUUACGCGAGGAGGACUAUCAAACGGUUGGCUGAGCAACUAG